AUGACAACGCUCAAGCUGCUGUCUUUCCUUCUCGUCCUGCUCGUCCUCCAAGUGCGUCUUUCCGCUCCAAUAGAGGACAACAAGAUCCCUCCCAGCCUGUGCACGGGCCACCCUGGCAUCCCGGGUUCACCCGGAGUUCACGGCAGCCCCGGUCAGCCCGGGAGAGACGGACGAGACGGAAGGGAUUCAGCACCUGGGGAGAAAGGAGAAAAGGGGGAUAUGGGAACGCCAGGUGAGAUGGGUGAGCAAGGCCUUACCGGAGACAGAGGCGACCGCGGAGAAAGGGGGCAGAAGGGUGAGGCGGGACAGUGCGCCGUGGCCCCCAAAUCCGCCUUCAGCGCCAAAGUGUCCGAAGGCCGGGACUUGCCUCUCCCGGCGGGCGACGCGGUGCUCUUUGACAAGAUCCUGCUUAACGAGCAGGGCGACUACAACACGGAGACGGGUCGCUUCACGUGCAAAGUCCCAGGCGUGUACUACUUUGCCGUCCACGCCACCGUGUACCGAGCUAGCCUGCAGUUUGACCUCAUGAAAAACGGUCACACAGUGGCUUCUUACUUUCAGUUUUUCGGCAACUGGCCCAAACCGGCAUCGCUGUCGGGAGGGUCGCUGCUCCAUUUGAUCCCUGGGGACCAGGUAUGGAUUCAGAUGGCUCUAGGGGAAUACAAUGGAUUCUAUUCUAGCACUAAGACAGACAGCACCUUCAGCGGCUUUCUGGUGUACUCGGACUGGAAAAACUCUGCGGUGUUUGCGUGA